UCCAUUAAAUAUGAAAUACAAAUCCAUUAAUCGCUCGCAGCAACACGCGCUUCUUCUCCUCCUGCUGCUAAAGCAUCAUCGACUUCGUGAUGUCGAGGGCAGGUCUCGCCGGCCGGUGAUUCGGCGUCGGUAGUUUCCCCUGCAGCGAAGAGUGCCGGUCUAACGGGAUCGACUCGGGACCGCGACGAAGCUUGUACCGCGUUCGACGCUCGAUUUUGGAGUCUCGAUAUCUUCAUCCGAUUCCGAGAACUUGGAUCGAUAUCCGUAUGUAGGUUUGGCGAAGAAUUUUAUUCGUUGGCGCUUGUACUUUGGUUGCUUGGGGCUUUUUUAGAUCUGUGUUGUUGGUCGUGUAUUGGGGAGUACAUCUACGGAUUCCGAGAUGCACUUCAGAUCUGGGCAAUCGUCCUGCCGGGAUCGCACGCGAGAAUUUCUCAACGCAGCGGAGGUGUUAAAGAAGUCGUUGUCUUCUGGGCCAAUUUCGCAGAGCAGCAAUGCUGGGUCUAAAAUUGAGGGGCCGAAGUCGGCCGUUUCCAUCCAGUCGGAGUUUAACAAGAGAGUUUCAAUGAUUGGGAUUGGGAUUCACCAUACUUCCCAAAAGCUUGAUAGACUUACAAAAUUGGCAAAGAGAACAUCAGUUUUUGAUGACCCUACAGUUGAGAUACAAGAACUGACAGCGGUUAUUAAGGAGGAAAUUACUGCUCUUAACUCUGCAGUACUGGACUUGCAGCUUCUUUGUAAUUCACAAAAUGAAACAGGGAAUAUUUCCAGUGACACAACUAGUCAUUCUACCAAUGUUGUGGACGACUUGAAGAACCGCUUGAUGAGCACUACAAAGGAAUUUAAAGAAGCUCUAAUAACACGGACAGAGAACUUGAAGGUUCAUGAUAAUAGGCGACAGUUAUUCUCUUCUUCUACUUCGAAGGAAACUACCAAUCCUUUUGUUCGACAAAGGCCAUUGGUUUCAAGGGCCUCAUCAGACUCCGCUGCGUCUCCAGCACCAUGGGCGAAUGACGCGGCAUCUUCUUCUCAGUUGUUUUACAGGAAGAAGAAGAAUGGGGAUCCAUCAUCAUCAUCAUCAUCAUCAUCAUCAUCAACUCAGCCUUUGCUAUAUGCACUGCAGCAGCAGCAGCAGCAGGUUCCAGUACAAGAAAACUACAUGAACAGCAGAACUGAGGCCCUCCAAAAUGUUGAAUCUACCAUCCAUGAGUUGAGCAACAUCUUCACUCAAUUAGCCACCAUGGUUUCUCAGCAGGGAGAGCUAGCUAUCAGGAUUGAUGAGAAUAUGGAUGACACAUUCGCAAACGUUGAAGGUGCGCAGGGUCAAUUACUGAAGUACCUCAGUAGCAUUUCCUCCAACAGGUGGCUAAUGCUGAAAAUAUUCUUUGUACUAAUAGCUUUUCUCAUGAUCUUUGUAUUCUUUGUUGCAUGAUUCAGUGUCAUGGCUAAUGAUUCCCUAUUUUGGCCUUUUUGUGUUAUUUCAGAGUCUAUGUGAUUGUUUCUCCCUUCUUGGAAUGAUUGCUAUUA